UUUUCAAAAAAAAAUCUUAAAAAUGACUAAACUAGGAUGGAGUGAGGAAAACAACAAUAAUACAACCAACAAUAACAACAACAAAAAUAUUUCUUUACAAUUAUUAGAGUUUCAUCCAUUUUCACAUUCACCAUUUGCCUCCUGUAGAGAGACUCCUCUUCCAUCACUUGAAAAUGAAAUGCGCAAAAUCCCAUCCCAGCCCUUACCUAAUAAAAAAGAAGCUGAAGAAACUCGAAGUUUGGAUAGGCAUUUAUUUAGUGUAAGAUGGAAUAAAAGAGGAACUAGUACAACAAAAAUAAAUUCUAAAAAUAAUAUUAGACCUUCAUUAAAAGCUACAACAACACAAAUUUUGGAGAAAAGGAAGAAUAAUAAUUUAAUUUGUGAUAAUUCUAAUGGAGGAGAUGAUUUUGAUUCACCAGCCGUUGCUUUAAUCGAUCCUUGUACAUCCUCAGCUUCUAGUCCAGCUACUGCUGCCGUUCAAAAUUCAAGUUGUAUUCAACAACAACCUUCAGUUCCUCAACGAUUAGCUUGUUUCUUGUCAAAACGUCUAAAAAGAACCAAAAGUUUUCCUAAACUUGCAAGUGCUCUAAGUAGAGAUAAACUUACUGCAACAACAACAACAACAUUAAAUGGUAUUGGUAAACAAGGAGAACAUCAAUUAAAAAUCAGAGCAAGUCUUGGUUCGAAUGCGUUGAGAACGGAUCAACAACAACAACAACAAAGAAAUCAACCUUUAAGUCUAUACUUGCCUGGUCCAACAGAAGAAAAAUUAAAAACAUCUAGAUCAUAUGAAUCUUUAUUGUUAUUAAGCCAAGCAGGAGGAUGUAAUAAUAGCAGUGUUUUACAAAAAAGUGAGUUUUCUUUUUUAAAAAAUUUUUAA